GCUCAUGACAGAGCUCACAGAUUUCACGCUGGUCUUCCAAACCAUCAACUCAGACAUUCAUGCCAUUGCGCAGUGCUCCCAGAAGUUGGAUGAGGCCAAUGAACAGUACAUCCACCUGGAGAAGCGAGUGGAAUACAUACGGUCACUCCAUGAACUCAUCCGCAACCACUGUAACCUCCUUAGUGCUGAGAAUGAGGCACUGGACAUCUCGCUUCUGGAUGUGUGGGAGGCAUUUCAGUUUGAGAAGAGCCAGGCCUCAGAGUUCUUGCUCAGCAAGCAACAUUCCAUCGUGCCCAAGCUGCAGCAGAUGAUAGCAGCAGCAUUGGCAGAGCUGGAAGGCCUGCUUGAGAAAGCCCUGUCUGGUCCCUUCAUGGACCCCACGCAAGAGCAGAGAAGCACUGAGUGCCAGCUCAUCUCCAUGGAGCGUCAGUUCCAGAACACAGUCAGCCACAUCAGUGAAUUGCACCGUGCCUAUGCCACCUUCACUGGGGAUGAGAGUCCUGUGCCUCUGCCUAUCUGUGGGACCCGUCCUAUUGUGCAGCAGCAACGCAUCUGGCACCUGUACCGAGUCAUCUCUGAAAACAUCAGCGAGUGGAAGUGCAUGGCUUUUGCCAAGUUCAGUCUGGCUAUGGCCCAGGAGAAGACAGAUGGCUGGCUGACAGAGGCAGCACGGAUGUGCGUGACCCUGGGGCUACACAGCCCGGUGCUGCAAUGCUGCAUGCAUACGCUGGAGGAGUUUCGCAGCUACCUGCCCUUGCUCACCAAGCUGGGCAGCCUCCGGCUGCAGAAUCUGAACUGCCAAUCCCUUUUGCGAGCCUUAGGGCUGGGCUGUCUCCGCAACAUAGAACUCUUAACACUGGGCCAGCUGCUCACUUGUCCACUGCUGGAGUUUGCAGAUCGAAUCAACCAGGUCUGGCAGUACGAAAACGACCGAAUUCACGCUCAAGAGUCCCUACAGAAGCUACAGCAGUGUUGGGAAGUUCGCCAGCUGCGCCUGCUCAACUUCAUCCUGCAUGUCCCCUAUGAGCCACCAGUCUCAGAGCGUUCCAAGAGGCACAUGCUCUGCAGCCCCCAGUGGGAGGUAGUGGGCAAGGACAGUGGCACCUUCAUCCUCUCAGACUACAGCAGCCUGCAGGAUUCCAUCCAGGAAAGUCUUCAGGUGUUAUUCAAGAUCAUGGCCAUCCAGAAGUCAGGAGACUUAUACAAAACAUCUCUGGAAUGGGUGACCAUCAUGCAUGGCCUGGGUGCCCUGCUGGAGGUAUGGGUAACUUUCCAGCAGAAGUGGAUUUUUCUGAAUAAAGCUCUGCAUGAGAUGAAGAUCCAGUUUCCUAGUGCUGACCUGAACUCUCGUUUCAAGGCCAUGGAUGAUCAGUAUCGAACCCUGAUGCGCAUCUCUGUAGCUGACCCCAUGGUUCUGUCACUUAUAGUACCCAGUGCCAAGAGGAGCCCUUACUUCCAAGGCCAGCAGCUGCAACAACUACUGCAAGCAGGAUCAGUGGAGCUGGAGGGUAUCAUCAUGGCUUUGGAGAGUGUGCUUUAUGGGGUGUGUGCUUACUUCCCCCGCCUCUUCUUCCUCAGUGACAGUGAGCUGGUAGCCCUGCUGGCUGCCCCGCUGGAGUCAUGUGAGGCCAAGCUGUGGGUACAACGCUGCUUUCCUCACGUGCAUGCUGUGAAUUUCAAGUCCUGCUCAACUGAUGAGAAAAACAGGGAUGACCAGGCGUCAAGCCCCAGCACACAGACUCAGGUGGAGGCACUUGCAGUGCUAGGGGUGGGUGGGGAGGUAGUGGAGCUGCAGGAGCCCCUUCCUCUGCAUCCAGAUCUCCCUAAGUGGCUGGCCUCUCUGGAGCAGUGUCUGCGCUUGGCAUUGGUGCACAUGCUGCAGAACUGUGUGGCUGCCCGCCUUGCCCAGGGGCCAUCCCUAGGUGAAGCCUUCAAGCAAAGCCAGUUGCCCCCACAACUAUAUGGCUACCACUGGCUGGAUUUAGUCGAGGCCUUCCCAUGGCAGUGUGUGCUGGUGGCAGAGGAGGUGGUGUGGCGGGCUGAGAUGGAGGAGACUCUGCUUAAGGGGGGAACUCCAGCCAUGGUCCCCAUGCAUACGCGCAAGCUUGAGGUACUGGUAUAUUUUGUACGGGCCCAGAGGGGCUCCCAGGGUGGGCAGCCCCUUCCCUCUGUUCGCCAGGCCAGCCUGCUCAGUGCCCUGCUGGUCAUGGCAAUGACUCACCGGGAUAUAGCACAGUUGCUGGAGCAGCACCAGGUCAGUGAUCUGACAGACUUCCACUGGGUCCGCCAACUCAAGUAUCAUCUGGGUUCACCUCACAUGAUCCCCCAAAGCCCCCUGCAGAGUCUCAAGGCUAUUGCAUCUACUGAGCCUUCUCUGGCACCAGCUGCAUGCUGGGUAGAUGUACUGGGCCGGUCCUUCCUGUACAAUUAUGAGUACCUGGGUCCCAGACUGGGGCCUCUACCCAGCCUGCUGCCAGAGCGAACAGCCCUGGUGCUGUUAUUGGCCCUGGAGGAAGUGGCCUGUGGGACCCUCCUGGGCCCUGAUGGUGUGGGCAAGGUUGCUACGGUAAAAAACUUGGCACGGGCCCUGGGCCGCCAGCUGGUGAUGAUGCCCUGGUCAUCUCAGAUAGAAGCCCAGUGCCUGAGCAACUACCUGAAUGGUGCCCUGCAGGGUGGUGCCUGGCUGCUGCUGGAUGCAGCUCAGCACCUGCCCUCUGGCUUGCUCUCUGCCUUGGGCCAGCGUCUGGCUGAAGUGCACCACCUCUAUGCCCCACUGUAUCAGGAGGCUUCCCGGACCACCAGUACCACAGACCCCACCCAGCCCCAGCUCCUUGGCAGUGGCUUCUUUGAGAAACAUCACGUGUCUAUGCGCCUUGGCUAUGGCUGUCUCCUGACACUGCGUGCCCUGAGCCCUGCUGUGCCUGCCAACCUGCACUUGCUACUGCGGCCUGUGGCAUUGGCACUGCCUGAUCUCCAGCAAGUGGCAGAGCUGACCCUGCUAGGUGCAGGGAUACGAGAUGCCUCCCGCAUGGCUACCCGCCUAUCCAAAUUCUUCUUCCUAGAGCGUGAGCUGGUGUCUGGGCCCCUGCCCUGCCGCUUACCACUGCUCAAGCAGAUACUACAAGACACAAUACAGACACUAAAUGAGACCAAGGGGGAACCCAAGACUCAGCAGCCCCGCAGCCAGGCUGCCCUUGAGGAGGCUGCCCUACUGCGUGCCCUGUUGCGCUCACCACUGUUCAGCAUCCUCAGUGGGCUCCGCCUGCACAACCUCCGAGAGCUGCUCUGUGGGCUUUUCCCUAGUGCCAGCCAAGUGCUGGCAGAGCCUAUGACCCACAGGCUGCUGAAGCCACUAAUGGUGGAGGAACUGAGGCAGGUAGGCCUGCAUCCUAGCCCUGACAUUUUGGGGUCCCUGGAACAGCUGAGCCAGGCCCUAUGCCGGACAUCAGGCAUUCUGCUCCUGGGCCCUGCAGGCAGCGGCAAGACCACUUGUUGGCACAGCUUAUUUAAGAUCCAGAAUCGGCUGGCAGCCAUGGAGGCCACCUCAACCCAUGGCUACCAGCCUGCAGAAAUUACCCACCUGUACCCCAGUGUCCUCAGCCCCCAGGAGUUCCUGGGAUGGCUAGAGGGCCCCUGCUGGCACCAUGGUGUCUUCCCCAGGGUUCUUCAUGCAGCCAGUCAGUGUAACAGCAUGGGGCCAAAAGGGCAGAAGGAGGAAUCAGUGGGGAUCCAGCACUGGAUAAUAUGUGAUGGGGCCUCUAAUGCUGCUUGGCUGGACUUCAUCACUUGCCUCCUGAGUGAGCUCCCCCAGCUUACUCUCCCCAAUGGACAGCAGAUAGCACGACCCCCAGGUACCUUUCUCUUGAUGGAAGUGGCAGAUGCAACAGGUAUGUCUCCCACAGUGGUGGGCUGUUGUGCCCUAGUCUGGUGUGGUGGGGAGCAGACUUGGCAGUGUAUGCUUAGUGUCCUGAUGGCAUCCCUGCCCCAUGAGUACCGCCUGCAGCAACAGACAAUCACUGAGCUCAACCGCCUAGCUGAAGUUCUGGUGCCUGCCACGUUCCGAUUCCUUGCCCGCCAGGGUGCCAGCUCUGUGCUGCAGGUACAUGGGCAGCAGGCUGUUUGCCCAGGUGUGGCAGAAGUCACCAGCCUGGCCCGCAUCUUGCGUGCUCUGCUUGACCCCCACCUGCAUCUAGAGGAGAAGAAGGCACGUGGCCCAGAAGACCUCAGCGUUAGCGAUCCUGUGUCCCAAAGCAUCAAGUCUUCAAAAAGCGGCUCUCUGAACCAGUCCCAGGCUGACAGCAAUGACGUAUCGAAUAAGCACAGGGAACACUUGCUGGCUGUCAGCAGUUUUCUGUUUGCCCUGAUCUGGGGCUUUGGAGCCCACCUUCCCUCCAGGCUCUGGCCCGUCUUUGAUACCUUCAUGAGGGGUUCCAUUAGCUGCCUCUCCAACUACCCUGAGCCACCACCGUCAGCCUUGGUGUUUGAUCUACACGUAAGCCCCGAAGAUGGGACACUGGCCCCCUUCACUGGGCACUACCUGAGCAACCACGUGAAAGGGACUCUGGGCACUUUCCACCCUUCUACUCAGACUGAACGGCUCUUUUAUGCAGUGGACCUGCUUCUGUCAGCGGGACAGCCUGUGCUGCUGGCUGGAGAGGCAGCAACAGGGAAGUCAGCCUUUGUGGAGGUGCUAGUGGAGCCAAGCCACCCUUACAUAUACAGCGCCAUCCACCCUGUCUUCAGCUCCACCCACCUCCGUCUCCUGCUGAGUAGAGGGGUCCAGGGCCAAGCCCAAGCCAGCCUGUGGUCUGGGCAUCACCAGGAUUCUAAAGACUCCCUUCUCUUCCUGCUGGAGGAUCUGCACCUGGCCACUUCUGACCCAGAGAAGAGCUGCCAACCAGUGUUGGAGACUCUGCGCCAGGCCAUAGACGGCACUGUGUAUGCCCACGGCACCUUGGAACUGCAGACGCUGCAGCCUAUAGUCAACUUCCUUGCCACUGCCACAGUACCAGGCUACUGUGAGCGUCCACUAUGCCCACGCCUCUUUCGACUCUUCACAGUGCUGGCCCUGGAAAGCAUGAGCCAGGCCACCCUGCUGAGCAGGCAUGUGCCUGGUAUUCAGGCCUGGCUUGAGGGCUUCCCUUCUGUGGAGCAGGAGAGUGUUCUGGCAAGAGCCCUGGUCCGGGCCUCAGUGGAGGCCUGGGAGGCUGUGAGCAACUGCUUCAUGCCUUCACCCCUCUGCCCACACUACCGCUUUUCCCUACACUCUGUGAGCCAGCUAUUGGGAAGCCUGCAGCUGCUGCCCACCAGAAUAGGCUCCCAAGGUUUUGUGGACUGUCCCAACCACCAGGAGCACUUGCGCCGGGUGUCAGGCUUGCGUGGCACUCGCCUGACCAUUAUGGUGGCCAUGCGCAACAUGGUGCGUCUUUGGUUGCAUGAGGCACAGAGAACAUUUUGUGACCGGCUAGACAGCCCUAAGGAACGCUCCUACUGUGCCAAGCUGCUCCUAGAAGUAGCUCAGAGUGUCUUCUGCUGUGGGCUGGGGCCCCAUCAGCUGGGUGAGGACCUUGAGGAAGAUGAGGAGGAGGAGAAGGUGUCUGAAGUGGAAUCUGAAGGGGAGCUGGCCCAGUGGGAGGACUCAAGCAAUAGCAACAGUGAGACAGAGGAGGAAGAGGACCCUUAUGGCCUUCAGAUCAUCAGAAGCUCACACCCCACUGAUUCAAGUCGAGCACCAUCCAUAAGGCCAGCAAGCAGGGAGACCACAGAAAGCAUCAGUCACAAGAUAAGGCAGGAAGAAGACACAAGGGCUCCCAGCCAUCAGCUCCAGGGAAACAAAUCAUCCAAGUCUUGGUGGCAUAAGGCACCUCAGAUGGACCAGAUUUCACCGCUGUUGCUACCAGCGCUACUACUCCGUCCCCAGGAAAAGCCCUCAGAUCUGGUCUUCAGUCAGGAGCUGAUACUGGGGUCUAACUCUGAGAGCCCCAACUUGUACCUGGAACGACAGUGGGAGAGCCUGGAGGAGCAGCUGGCCACUUCAGCUUCUCAGCUGAAGCUGAGCCCCAACCUUGCUCGAUGCCACUCCAUGGCCCAGCAUGUGGCCCGCCUGGUCCGGGUGCUGGCCAGGCCCCGGCAGCAUGGCCUACUGCUCUCACAGGCUCUGGGUACUGGGCGCCAUACUGCUAUCACUCUGGCUUCUGGCAUUUGUCAGGCCCGCCUCUUCCAUCUGCCGUCUGGGUCAGAGGAGGCCAUUCUCCAGUGCCUACGAGAUGCCAGCUGGCAUGCUGGCAUGUUAGGCCAACCGGUGGCCUUGCUGGUGCCCAAGCGUGUGGAUCUUAUAACCCUUCAUCGCCUGUUGGCCCUGGCAACCUCAGGCAGUUUCCCUGAUCAGUACACAGAGGCAGACCUGGCUAACAUUGAAAAACACCUCCCCAGGGAGAACACUGGUGCCAAACAGAACAUCAGGAAGGAAACGGUGUUGCAGAGGUUCUACCAGCAAGUGUGCAGCCACCUGCACAUGUUCUUCCUGAUUGAAGAUGAACAGGCCCACAAGCAGAUGCCCUCCACCCUUUUUCUGAGGCUCCUUCAACUGGCCACUGCCAGCAUUGACCGCUAUGAACCCUGGGACCAAGCUGCCCUGGUCAAGGUGGCCCAGCACCACCUGGAGAGUGCUCAGAGUCUACCCCUUGAUGACGGUUCCUGGAAGUGCCCAGACCUCCAGGCCUCAAUUCCCAGUGUGGCCAAAGCCAUGGCUCGUAUCCACCUUUCGGCUGCCUACUACCACGAGCAACUGUGCCCUGUAUUGCCACUUGUCACCCCCAAGACCUUCCUAGACUUUCUGGACACCUUCCUGCUGCUGCAACAACAGAUGACUUUGCAGAUGAAGAACAAGGCUCUGCGGAUCCAGAAUGCCAUGGAGAAUCUGAGAAUGCUGAUUGAGGAGCACAAUGCCCAUGCCAACCUGGUCUUCAACUUGGAACAGAAGCUGACAGACUCCCGCAAGAACCUCAGCAUAUUUCAGCAGCAGCUAGGGCAAAGCAAGCACCAAUACAGGCGGCAGCUGGCAGAGUGUCGGCAUCAGGAGAAUCUCAUUGAGAACCUGGCUAAGCAGCGGGAUGCCCUACAGGAUCAGCAUGAAGCAUUCCUGGAACAGAUGGGAAAGGCAUUUCUGGGGCCUCUGAGCCAGCUGCAAGUAGCUGACUUUGAGGAGAUACGGAGCUAUCGAGCACCACCAGAAUCUGUGGUCCAGGUGACCGAUGCACUAUGCAACCUCUUCCACCGUGAAACAGGCUGGGCCAGUGCUAAGCAGCUGUUAUGCACUGAGGAUUUUUAUCAGAAGCUGGUGUUCUUCCCCAAGGAGAAGAUGACAGACUCAGAGCUAACAAAGUUGCACCUAGCUCUGAAGGCUCCAGGUAUGAGCAAUGCAGCCCUGCAAGCAGUAAGCGCAUCUGCAGCAAGCCUGGUGACCUGGCUCUGGGCCGUUCUGCAUUAUGGGCUGGCACAGCGCCGGGGGCUGCCCACUGGCCUGCUGCUGCAGCAAGUGGAGGUAACACUGGCUCGGGAGCAGGCUCGCCUGGGCCACUACCAGUUUCAGGCCCAGGAGCUCCUGGAGCAGAAUUCGGCCCUGACUAAGAAAGUGGAGGAUGCCCAAGCUUCCUACAACUCUGUGGAGGAGGCCCUCAAUUGGACACUGUGCGGCCAAUAUCACAAAUGGCCCAUAAAGGCUGCAUUGCUCACACCCAUGCACUCCUGGACUACACAGCUCCAGAAGUUGAAGGAGCACUACAUUACUGUGUUCGGAGAUGCCCUCCUACAUUCAGCUGCCAUCAUCUACCUGGGUCCCUUUCCACCAUUGCGGCGCCAAGAGCUCCUGGACAAGUGGCUGGCUCUGUGUAGGGGCUUUCAGGAGGCCCUGGGCCCAGAUGAUGUGGCACAGGCACUGAAGCAGAAGCAAAAAUCUGUCAGCAUGCCACCAAAGAAGCCCCUGCUGCCCACAUGCUCUCCCUUUAGUAUUCUGUCCUUGAUGAGCUCUGCAUCCGAACAGUGCCAGUGGGACCGAGACCUGAAGCCCCAGGCAAAGUCAGCCCGCCUGGCAGGCCUCCUUCUGCGAAGCACCACCCACUACAGUAGGUGCCGUUGGCCUCUGCUGCUUGACCCCAGCAACCAGGCCCUCAUGUGGCUGAGCCCACUGCCUCUGACAGAGAACAGAUGCGUGGUGCCAGCAGGUAGAGGGAAGGGCCUCAUGAGAAACCAGAACAGAAAGAGUAAAGAGGAGGACACAAAAGAGGAAGAUGAUGACAGUGAAGAGAGUCAUGAGGCUAAGGACCAGACAAAAGAGCAGAAGGCAGAAGAAAGGGAAAACAAGGAGGAGGAGAAUAAGAAAGAGCAAGAGCAAGAGGAGAAAAAAGAGCAAGAAGAGAAAGAGAAGGAGAAGGAGACGGAGAGCCAGAGGUCAAAGCCAGCCUCUGAGACUCAGUCUCCACCUCUUCCCUGCCUUAGGGUCCUCUCAGGCGCCGACCCAGAGCUGGGUCCUCAGCUCUGGGAGGCAGCUGCUGGUGGCCUGCCCGUGCUACUGACCAACGUGGAGCUGGGCCUGGAGUGCCAAGAACUGCAAUGGUUGCUGCAGCGGGAGCAGCUGAGUCCACCCCAGGUGCAGCCUGGCUUCUGUCUCUAUCUGAGCACCACCCUGCCCCUCCAUGCCUUGGAAAAAGUGCUAGGUUGUGAACUGCUGAAGGGGCUGAAUGUGCUGGAUCUGGGCCUGAACAUGGAAAUACUAGAAGAACAGAUGCUGCAUGAAAUCUUGUGUAGAGAGCGUCCUGAGCUUGAGACCCGCUGGCAGGAGCUGAAGAUCAGAGCCAUGGAUGCUCGUGAAGCCGUGGAGGCUGCUGAGGAGCAGCUGCUGAUGAGGCUGCUGCUCCAGAAUCCAAAAUGUCAGAAACCAGCUAAGUUUCUGCGGAACAUGGUGAGGGCCCAGGCAGAGCUCUGUCAGCUGCGUGCCCAUUCAGAAGAGGUAGAAGAGCAGAAGCUACAGGAGAUGGUAUUAUGGGCACCUUAUCGGCGUGUGGCUUGGCAUGGAAUGGCCAUUGUAAAGGCCCUAAGCCAAUUGCAGAAUUUGCUGCCACUUUUCCGUAUGAGCCCAGAGAACUGGCUGGCAGCCACCAAGCAGGCUCUGGACAGGAUGAAGCCAUGUGAGAUUCGUCAUGGGGAGGACCUGGCCAGCCAUCUGCUGCAGCUAAGAACACACCUGACCCACCAACUUCUGGGCAGUGCCGUGGCUGCACUGGGCCUGACCCAACUACCCUUGGUGGGUGCCUUGGGUGCUUUGGCUCUGCUGCGAGUGACAAGGAAGGCAUCAGAGCUGGAGAGGCUGGCAUUCUGGCCUGGAUUGGCAGCCUCUCCCAGCACAAGUCACAGCAAGGAAGUCCCAAGUGUGGCUCGACCUGCCUGGGUAGGGCCAAGAGCCUGGCGUGAAUGUGAGUUGUUAGAGCUGCUUCCCCCAUUUGUUGGGCUGUGUGAAUCCCUGGCAGGCCACUCCAAUGUUUGGCAGGCUUAUCUGUCACUGUCAUCCACAGUGCUGGGUCCUGCACCUGGGCCUGGUUCUAAGCCACUCAGCCUCCUCCAGAAGCUGAUCCUGUGGCGUGUGCUGCGACCUGAGUGCCUGGCAGGUGCCCUGGCAGACUUCACCACCAGCCUCCUGGGCCGGCCCCUGGAUGAAAACCUGGGUGCCCCCACCAUGCCAUUUAAACACAGUCAGGCCACUCAGCCCAUGCUGAUCUUGUUGCCACCGCCUGGUCACCCCACAGCCACUUUGCAUCCCUUGACUGUUAUCCAGAAACUGGCUGCCAAGCAUGAGCAGGGGCAGAAGCAUCUGCAGGUGAUAGCCCUGGGCUCUGAAGCCUGGGACCCGGUCUCAGUCGUGGUCAGCACUCUAUGCCAGGCCAUGAACAAGGGGCACUGGCUGGUGCUGGAUAACUGUCAUCUGAUGCCUCAUUGGCCGAAAGAGCUGCUACAGCCCUUGCUGGGACUGUUGGAUGGAGCCAAGGUGGUCUCGGACGUGGAAUUGGAACUGCUUUUAGCCCAACCCCAAAGCAGGAAUGUGGCCACAGUUCACAGAGAUUUUCGUCUUUGGCUUAUUGUGUCUGUGGAGUCUACUGCUUCCUUGCCAGCUGUGCUGACUCAGCACUCUAUGCCUGUUUUCUGGGACCAGUCCCUGGAGCUGGGCCACGUUUUGAUUGACAGUGUGGAGCUAGCCCAGCAAGGACUCUACAUGCAAUCCCCAACCCAGGCACUGCCUCUGCUUCUCCUACAUGGCCUUCUGCUACACCGGCAGCUCUACAGAACAAGGCUGCAGGCACACAGGGGCCGCUGGAGUCAAGUGACCCUAACCCAGGUCCUUAAGAUCCAAGAUCAGCUGUGGGCCAGUCUCAGCAAUCCCAGUGCUGCCAUGCAGGAGCUGGCUGCUUCAGUUUUCUAUGGGGGUCCUGUGGGGGACACCGAGGACAGGAAGGUCCUGAUUAGCCUCACACGAGCCUGCUUGAGGCCUAGCAGCGGGAGUUGGGUUCAACCACACACACCACAGUAUCUGCUGGCUACACUGAUGCCCAGCCCAGAGCUAGGGGAGCUGGAUGCAAUGGCAGAGUGCAAGGCCCAGAUGCACCUACUGCCCACACCAUCUGAACCCCGGAUCUGUGGACUGAGUGAGGGCCCCCAGGCCUGGCUGUUGCGACGCCAGAGUCGCGCUCUCCUAAGUGCUUUGCAACUGAGUUCACCUACAUGGGUUCCUGUGGCUCGUGGAAGCACCCAGCGUGCAGAAAGGCGACUGCGGCAACGCCUAAUGCAAGCCACGCGGAGGCUGGAGUCACUGCAGAUACUGCUGACCGACACUGCUCGCCAAGAGUUUAGCGCCCCAUGGGCAGUGCUGGGCCCGAAUGCGCGGCGGCCUCUAGAGGGCUUCCUAGAGGUCGAGGCGCUGGAACUGAGCCAGUUGGCUGGCAUGAUACAACAGGACCUCGACUGCCUGUUGCAGCAGCUGAAGGGCGCACCCCCGUGCGCCUCCCAGCGUUGUGCCGCAGUGGCCCACGCUCUCUGGAAUGGCCGCCUACCCCAGCCUUGGCAAGCUCAUGCUCCCGCCGGUCCGCAGCCACCCUGGCACUGGCUGCGACAGCUCUCGCGUCGUGGGCAGCUGUUGGUUCGCUACCUGGGCGUGGGCGUGGACACCGAUGUACCAGAGCGCGUCUUCCACCUGUCAGCCUUUCGCCACCCGCGCCGCCUGCUGCUGGCACUGCGUUGGGAGGCUGCCCUUAACCAGAAUGUGUCCAGCUCGAAUUUUCCUGGUAGCCAACGCUCCGGUUCCAGUCAGUUCCCGCAUAAACGUCAGGAGUUAAACAGCAGCCCUCUGCACCUCCAGGUGGAGAAUGGCCCAAAUCCCUCAGUUCCAGAGAGGGGGCUGCUGCUGAUCGGGCUACAGCUCCUACACGCCGAGUGGGACCCCAUAGCUGGGGCCUUGCAGGACAGUCCUUCCAGCCGGCCUAGCCCUCUGCCUCCGGUCAGCGUCAGCACACAGGCCCCGGACGCCACAGACCUUCCAACCCCAGCCGGCCUGACUGUGUACUCGUGUCCUGUGUACAUGGCAGGGCCCCUUGGCACCACAAAGCUGCAGAGCAGGAACAUCCUGAUGCACCUGCCCCUACUCACAAAGCUCAGCCCUGCCACCUGUGUCCAACGGAGAGUCCAUGUGUGCAGCCCACCCCUGACCUGAGCCUCUCUACCAAAAUAAAGUUGUAGUUAUUCC